AUGGGCCCUGUACCAGCCAAACGAAUCAAGACUUUGUCGGUAGCUCGUCCGAUCAUACAUGGAAAUUCUGCUAAGAAAAUGGGCGAUGUAAAGCCUCCAAACGCGCCAGUGGAACAUACACAUAUAUGGACAAUCUUUGUAAAGGGACCCAACGGCGAAGAUCUAUCGGAUAUCAUAAAAAGCGUGGUUUUCAAGCUGCAUGAGACAUACCCGAACCCAGUGCGAACGGUAGAUGCUCCACCAUUCGAGCUAACGGAAACCGGAUGGGGUGAAUUCGAAAUCAAUGUCAAAAUUCAUUUUGUAGAGGCCGCGGGCGAGAAGCCCAUCAGUUUCUACCACCAUUUGAGACUGCACGAAUAUCGUAAUCCGCUAGCCACGAACGGCGCUACAGGUGGAAAUAUCGUCUCUACUAAGAACGCCGAUGUCGAAUCGAUAUUUUAUGAUGAAGUCGUCUUCAAUGAACCCAACGAGGACUUUUUCAAAGUACUAAUAGCCAAACCAGGGUAUCUGCUUCCUUCCAACAAGAGUGAUAAAGUCAUUUUCUCGAAACAGCUCGAGAGAGAGGAAAUAGACCGCAUCAAAAUCGGCAUCGGGAAAGUCGACGAAGAAACAGAAGUUUUACGGAAAAAACUGGCGAAACUGACCAAGAGUUGA